AUGGCUCCUCACGCCUGGCGCCCCACUCCGAGCAAACGCCCUCGCACCUCGGACUUUGCCUCAACGCAGCCAGAGUAUCCCGCUGCAGCCUACAUUCAAGCAUACGAGGCGCAGCUGGAAUACAGCUCUAGCACUGCCAGUGGAUCGGGAGAAGGGUCCUCCACGAGCAGUGCGACAGGGCGGGGCUCGUUGAUCCGGUGGAGUGGGGGAGAGGAGGGGGAUGAGGAAGUCUGGGCGGAUCGCUACAAUAUUAUCCACCUCCUGCCUUCUCUUCCUCCCUCCAUGCCGGCCAGGCGUCGAGCUGCCUCCCCAGCCUCCUCCUCUUCCUCAUGGGCCGAUCUCCCCUCGGACGAAGAAGAGCUAUUCGAUAUCUCCGGAGACGAAGCCGUCGAGGCGUACGAGAAGGAGAAGAAGCGCAGGUGGUUGGAGAGGCUGCGGGAAGAACGGCUCAAGGAACGGGAGGUGGAGGAUGUGAAGCUGGUGGCUAGGCUCGAGGAGAAUGCUGCUAAGGCAGAUGAGGUCCCAGGAGCUGUCCGAGCACUCAUGCUCCACACCGCCAAAUCGAUGUAUGCCGCCCCGAAUCCCAAGUCCCUCGAGAUGCGUAUCCUAGCCAAUCACGCUACGGACAAGCGAUUCGCUUUCCUGCGUAACGGCAGAUGGACGGGCGAGUGGGAGAAGGUCAAGAGGGGAGUGAGGGUGGAGAUGGGGCUGGAGAAGGCUGAAGGGGCGGUUGUGCUUUUAGGGGGAUAUGGGAGCGAUAGUGAGGAAGAGAGCGAGGAUGGCAAAGGGGAAGAGGAAGGAGGGAAGGAGCCGGCAAGUCCUCCACCUCCACCGCCCAGUCCCCCACCGGAUGAAUUCGAUAUGCCAGAUCCGGAUGCGGUCGACGAGGUCAAAGCCGAUGUGGACCUUGAGGAGACGAGGCGGAUCAGGAGGGAGAGGUUAGGAGAGUGGAAGCGCAACAAGCGGAACGGUACCGAUUGA